AUGUUGGGUGAUUCUCUGGAAUACAGUUUACCUGGUGUACUUCAUUAUCUACAAGCUGAAUGGCGACGCUUUGAACGUGAAAGGAACGAAUGGGCUAUAGAAAGAGCUGAAUUAAAGGCUCGUAUAGCAUUACUGGAAGGUGAACGACGAGGUGUAGAAAAUCUUAAAACUGAUUUGAUCAAAAGAGUGAAAAUGUUGGAAUAUGCUUUGAGGCAGGAAAGAAAAAAAAAUAUAGGAAUUUCUUCUCAAACAAAACGUCAAUUACCUUAUGUUACAUCAACUAACUUGUCAUCAAUGUCACCUACAAUGGAAUCUAUCGCUGAUAGUAAAAUGCGAGAAAAAAGUCAACAAACUCUGAAAGCGUGUCUCAAAGAAAUCAAUUAUUUGACAUCCAUGCCAACCAAAUUACCUUUGACAUAUACUUUGGCAAAUUCUGUACGAAACAAUCCAAACAAUCGAAAUUCAACACAACAACAACAACAACAACAACAACAAUCAUCAACAAAUAAUAAUAAUAAUAAUAAUAAUAAUACCCAAAAUGAUACGCCAAUACAACAAAACAAUUCUCCAACUUCUCCAACUGCACAAACACAAAUUCGUACUUAUCCCACAAGUAUCACUCCAACUAUGAUCAACGAUAAAAAGAACCAACAACAAAGCAAAUCUUCCAAGAAGAUGCAAGAGAAAUAUAAUAUUUCUGAUGAAAAGGUACAGAAAAUGUUAAGAAAUGCAAGCAAGGGUCAUCUGGAUUCGGUCCGUGCUGUUGCUUUUCAUCCAAAUGAAAUGUUAGUUGCUUCUGGAUCUGAUGAUGGUACAGUCAAGAUUAUCAACUUACAACGAUCUACAGGUGCUGACGGAACUACACUUAAAAAAUCACAUGAAGAUUUGGAUGCCACAGCCACAUAUAGAGGACAUAGCAAUAUUGUUACUGGUGUAGCUAUAUCUGGUGAACAAAAUAGAGUGUAUUCUUCAAGUCUUGAUGCUACCAUCCGUGUUUGGCGCUUACCAUCCGAACAACAUGGCACAUUUUCUCCUGUAGAUCCAUCACUUUAUAUCACUACCUUUAUUGGACAUACUGACGCUAUUUGGGAUUUCAAGUUGUCACCUAAUUCGAAUUUAUUAGCUUCAGCAUCUGCAGAUGGUAAAGUCAAGAUAUGGGAUACUCAAGGCACUACUGAACUAUUGAAACGAUCAUGGGGAUAUGAAGGAACCAAUGUGGAUGAAAAUGAACAAGAUUAUGUAGCUCCAACAUGCCUUGAUUUUUGUCGUACAGAUGUUAACAAACUUGUAGUUUCAUAUACCAAUGCCAAAAUCCGUCUCUUUGAUAUUGAAACUGGAAAAGUUGUUUUAACCUUUACAGGAUCAGACGAUGAUUAUGAUUCAACUUGCAAAACACAAAUCAACAAAGUGGUCAGUCAUCCAACAAUGCCACUCAUCGUAUCUGGACAUGAAGAUCGACAAAUUCGAUUCUUUGAUAUCAAUAGUGGUAAAUCAACCUUCAAAAUGUCAGCCCAUUUGGAUGCAGUGACUAGUUUAGACAUGGAUCCUAGUGGUAUGACUUUUGUAUCUGGUGGACAUGAUUCUUCCAUUCGAUUAUGGGAUAUGGCAAUGACUAAGACAUGUAUUCAAGAAUUUUCAGCUCACAGGAAAAAAGGCGAUGAAGGCGUAUUGGAUAUACAAUAUCAUAGAUCAUUUCCUUGGAUGGUCAGUGGUGGUGCAGAUGGUAUUGUCAAAAUAUAUCAUCAUGGUCAGUGA